AUGAAUGUAAAUAAUAAUAAUAUUAGUACUAAUAGUUCAAUUAUUACACUGCAAGUUGGUACAUUUUCAAAUUUCAUUGGUACACACUAUUGGAAUAUACAGAAUGAUAACUAUAACUAUAGCAUUAAUAAUAAAUUAGAAUUCGAGAUAAAUCCUUCGUUACUCUUUAGAGCUUCCAAUAAUAGAGAUGAUAAUACAAAGUAUACUCCUCGUGUAUUAGUAUUUGACUAUGCUGAUAACUUUGGUGCUAUGAAUAAAGACGGAGUUGUAUAUAGACACAAUCAAAAUAAUAAACAACAACAACAACAACAACAAAAUAAUUACAAUAAUAAUAGUAAUAAUAAUAAUGUAGUUCGAUAUGAAACUAAACCAAUUGGAUCACCUAUAAAUAUAGAUGAUCCAGAACAAGAUAAUAGAUUGUCAAACUUUGAAUUUUGGUCCGAUUACUUACAGACAGAUCUUACAUCUAAUAACAUCGUAACACUCUCACAAGUCAAUCAGAAUAACAAUAUAUCUGGUAAAUUAUUUAGUGAUGGAAUCGAUUUAUUAGAACAAUCAAAUGAAAUCUUGGAUCAUUAUCAAGAUAAUCUGAGAAGAAUGAUGGAAGAAUGUGAUUUAAUGAUUGGAUUCCAAUGUUUUACGGAUGUCGAUGGUAUUUGGGGUGGUGUUUGUUCGUCGCUCUAUGAACAUCUUCACGAUGAGUAUGGUUCACGUCCAAUCGUGACUUUUGCAACCACUCCACAUUCUUCAUCGAUCAGCAGUCUCAUGGAGUCUGCAAUCGAUGAGCGUAUCUACAACUCUGCUCACACCAUUGCCAACAUUGCACAACAAUCUUCACUCUAUAUACCACUUUCAGCACAGCGUUGGUCAAACCUACAACAAAGCUGUAAUCUCUUGAAUAUGAGUAAUAGAUAUCAAACAUCAUCUAUUAUUGCAGCGACAAUAGAUACGACAACACUUUACUAUCGAUCAAACUUUAAUCUUGGAAUCUCUGAUUUCUGUAAACAUUUGGCACUUGGUAGUCAUAAGAAUAUAUGCUCGCUAUCUACCAGUUACCCAGGCGAUAUCAAUGCAUUCCAUUUCGAAAAGAUGUUGGAACAAUACCAACAACAAUCAACUCAAACUGUAGUACCACUUUAUGCCAAUCCACUCAUGAAUUUCCUUUCUCCAAAAUUACAAAAUCGUAUACACCGCCCCAAUCAAAACUUUGAUAUUGACACCGACAGAGAAUCAUCGGCCACCCUCGAAUAUCUAAUGACUGUCAGUGAUGCUUAUAGCUCAUCAUCUAGAUGA